UUUUGGUAUAACUCCAACAACAGAGAAGAUGUAUCACCAAGGUGUUAUGCGAACAAAAGUUGAUGACUGCCAAUUUGUAUGCAUUGCACAAAAUGAUUAUUAUCGCAUCCUUCACCAAGGGGAGGAAAACACAAGAAAACAUGAAGAAGAUGGAGAAGUUGUUCUAGUCACUGAACAUCGUGUUUUGGAUGGCGGAAGCAGGAGAGGCCACAUUGUUAUUAGGGGAACAAUAGAACGGUUAAUGGCCCAUUUAGUUGAGGAUAAUGCCUUAGAUCCAAGUUAUGUGGAAGAUUUUCUACUUACAUAUCGUACAUUCAUCGAAAAUCCUCUUAGCAUCACUGAAAAUCUUUUGAGAUGGUUUGCAGAUCCUCAUUUAAGGGAUAAGGUAACUCGAGUAGUUCUGCUUUGGGUAAAUAACCAUUUCACAGAUUUUGAAACAGAUCCUGAAAUGAUGGAAUUUCUUGAAAUGUUUGAAUCUGGUUUGGAAAAAGAAAAAAUGCAAAGUCAGUUGAGACUGUUAAAUAUUGCUUGUGCUACUAAAGCACGGAAUAGGACAGUUACUUUGGCUAGGUCUACAAGAGAUGAAGUCUUACAUUUUCAUAUCCUUGGUGGUUAUGAAAGGGGUUUUGGAGUUUUUGUUUCUAAAGUUGACAAAGGAUCCAAGGCUGAAGAAGUUGGACUCAAAAGAGGGGACCAA